AUGUCUCAACACGAGACAUCCUCGCUCAAGACAUAUUUCGACGAGAUAGCCGAGACCAACGGUGAUGAUGAAUGCAGGGCUUGGCUAGAUAGGGUUUUCGACUCGAAGGCUGAAUUAGCAACUUUUGUUGCUAGUCGCCGGGGAGGUGGCGCUGGGAAGUAUGUCGGUUUCCUUAAAGGUUCCUUCAACUUCAGCUUCCGCUUCACCUUCAGCGAUGAAGGGCCGGACGCCAUUAUUCGGUUUCCAAAACCGGGACACACAGCUACAGCUCUUAGGGACGAAAAGGUCACGAACGAAGUGCAGAUUAUGGAAUUCCUCAGUCAAAAUACUACUAUUCCUGUCCCACGUGUGCACAGCUGGGGCUUAACUGUAGAGAGCCCACAACAAUUUGGGCCAUUUAUCAUCAUGGAUUAUGUUGACGGAACCCUUCUAUCGACUGUCUUAAGGCAACCGACUAAAAGUGAGGACAUGAUUCUCAACCCGGCUAUCGACAAUACAACAUUAGAUAAGAUCUAUUAUCAAAUCGCUGAUUACAUGCUUCAACUUUCUCAAUUUACGUUCAGCCGCAUCGGAGCUAUCUCGAAAGACCACGCUUCAAAUACGUGGUCUGUUACCGGAAGACCGUUAACAUACAACAUGAACGAGUUGGCGACUGUUGCAGGCUACCCUGACAAGCAAUUUCCUACCGCGCCUUUUGACAGAGCAAGCAACUAUCUCAGGUCAGUUGCAAACGAGCACUUGACCCACCUUUGGACUCAACGUAACCUCGCCGAUAACCCAAAAAUCGCUCAGGAUCGGUUCAUUGCUCGUCAUCAGUUCGCACAGCUUAUAUCAAAGUACUGUGUUGACGAUGCUGGUCCAUUUCUACUCUUUUGCGACGAUAUGCGACCUUCGAAUAUGCUUGUGAACCCAGAAACCCUUCAUAUUACAGCUGUGCUUGACUUUGAGUUUACAAACACUAUGCCGGCCCAGUUUGCCUAUGACCCGCCCUGGUGGCUACUAUUAUCUGGGCCGGAAAUGUGGCUUGAUCGUUGUUCUAUAGACGAGUUUUUGACCUGCUACGAGCCUAGAAUGGAGCAGUUCUUGCGAGCGUUAGAGCGGGUGGAAGAGGACUCAGUAUUGAGGAAGCAAGCAAGUGUGCUACCUCUUUCUAGCCGGAUGCGUGAGUCGUGGAAGAGUGGGCGUUUCUGGUUUAAUUACGCAACAAGGAAGAGUUUUGAGGUGGACGCUAUCUACUGGGCCGCAUUACACGGCGGCGGUGGUGUUGAGUUACUUGAUGAGAAGGCUCGUUCAGAGUUGGAGUUAUUUACACAAAAGAAGAUGGAGCAGUUGAUGGCAUACAAAGAGGAGUGUACUGCUCGAUUUUCUAAAGCAGAAGAAAAUUAG